AUGAUUUGCUCCUCGCACUUCUGCGCCGAACACUCACGAUUGCCAUUCCACUAUCCAUCCCAGGACACCGAAUCAGAUGCUUACUGGACCGCAUACCAUUCCGCGAAUACGAAACAUCUUCUAAAUCGCCUCUACCAAGUCAAGACCACUGCCCUGGUCUCCUUGGCUAGCCGUCUCCGCAACGGUAUCUCAUGCACCAUUCCCGCGCUUAUGCCGGAUGGCCAAGGACACCUCGACGUCGAUGCCGUUUCACGCCAGAUGGGCGGACAAAACUGCAACAUCGACGUCCAAUUUGAAGAUGGAGUUGUCUGGCUGGCCCGGAUCCGCCUUGAUGACCCUCUCCUCCCACCAAAACCUACACAAGCGUACAUCUUCCUCAGUGAAGUCUUCACGCUUAAGUAUCUAGAGGAUACCGGCAUCCCCGCUCCAAAAGUCUUCCACUUCGCGACCGAGUCUAGCGAAAACCCUGUGGGAGUGCCUUUUAUGCUUAUCGAGAAGAUGAAAGGCGCCCCUCUGAUGUGGGACACGACCACACCUAUUCAAAGGACCAAAGUCCUAGAACAACUAGCAGAUAUUCUCCUUGCCUUGGAGAAACAUUCGUUUCAUUCUACAGGGUCAUUAUUUCCCUCAAACGGAUCUGGUAAUGUAUGCGGUUUCGCGCAGUCACAGCUCUUCGAUUCCCCAAACACUACCCUCGGACCGUUCGACACCUUGGAAUCAUCCUUGAGAGCGAUGCUUGCACAUCAGAGAAGGCUCAUAGCUAAUGGCGAGCUGUCAAGUCUCGCCAUAGAUCACUACCUCUCGCAUCGCUGGCGCGAGGACAUGGUCCCGGAAGUGCUGUCGCUACACAACGACGCCGGCUUCUUUCUCAAACACUUUGAUGACAAGGGCGACCAUAUCCUGGUCGACGACGACUUCAACAUCACCGGCAUAAUCGACUGGGAAUUCGCGUCCCUGGAACCCAAAGCGCAAGCAUUCAGCAGCCCCUGCAUGCUUUGGCCAGUGGGCGAUUUCCACGCCGGCAGUAAUCGGCUAAGCCCGGAAGAGAUGGAAUUCGCCGCCAUUUUCGAGCGCCGUGGGCGGAACGAUAUGGCUCAUCUGGUUCGCAAUGGGAGGAAGAUGCAGAGGUACCUGUUCUUCAAUGGAGGAUCGGUAUCGCACGAGCAAGAGGACUUCGAAGCCAUGUUCCAGGGCUUGCGAGCUGCGUGGGCCGGGGACAACAGCCAACCUGGUCCCUAUCAGGUUUGGAAGGAGGAGGCGCUGAAGAAGUAUGAGGGAGAUGAGCAGCUGGGGCGUCUCCUGCAGAGGAAUAGUACUCGGUCGCAGAGCGCCACUCAUCUUGAUUGCGGACCUUCAACUCCCCAACGGCAUCACUCGCUGAAAGACGAAUCAUCAGAGAUCCUGGAUACGGGAAUGAGAGAAGGACCUGCUGGAUUUUGUAUGAGGGUGGCAGCUAGGCUUAGUAAGAAUAAGGACAUCGCUUAUUAA